CAGGGGGCCCCUCCGUUUUGCUGCACAGUAUAGCUUAUUUCACAAUAAGAUUGUUCGUGUGUUUUGUUUUGUGGCAAAGACGAGUGAGGAUCUUACCGGUGAUUAGAUUCAAGACGGCACUACCAGGUAUAAUGGAACUGGACAAUUCAACAUCCAGUGUUGAUAUUAUACUGCACAAUCAGGAUAUAUUAGAGUCUCUGUGUGAUGAACUACGAUCAGAUGGAUCAUCUCCCAUUUAUUCAAGUUCUUCACCUUUGACAUCUUCUCCGACACAUCACGGGAUUCCCCCUGAGUAUUGCUCCGAUGUCUCCUCUACCAUCUUUGAUGAUGUUUUUGAACCGCAACCAAUCAAAUCGCAAACACUCUCCCGCAGUAAAUUAAAGGAAUAUAGGUCUAAACCUUACCAAGAUGCAAAGAACAAGCAACAAUAUACACAGGAGCUGGAUGUUUUCUGUCGUAUAUGUGGAGACAAAGCUUCAGGUUUUCACUAUGGCGUACAUUCCUGCGAGGGGUGUAAGGGAUUUUUCCGACGAACCUUAAAGAAAAAUCUAAACUAUCGACCUUGCUCUGAGCAAAGCAAAUGUAAAAUCAACACAGCGUCCAGAAACAAAUGCCAGUACUGUCGUUAUCAAAGAUGUAUAAAUGCCGGAAUGUCCAAAGAUUCUGUGCGUUUUGGAAGAAUGCCCAAAACGGAACGGGAAAAAUUAAUGGCUGACAAAGAAGAAAUGACAAACAACAGAAGCGGUUACGUAAUAGAAUUGAGAACGUUGUCUGAUGUUAUCAAGAAAGCAUUUCGACAAAACCUUUCCCCAAUAAUUGAAAAUUUCAAAAAUCAGCAAGAAAAGCUGGAACCAUCCUCGACCAUUGACAAACUUUUGAGUAGCGAUUCCGUCUACUUUUUUCGACUUUUCCAAGCCAUUUUAUGUCCAUGUUGUGACGCGGUGAUUCGAUUUGCAAAAUCCCUUCCAAAUUUCAAUGACAUUGGAAUGCAGGAUAAAGUCAUUUUGAUGAAACAAGGCGCAAUUACCGUUUCAACAAUAAUGUUACAGGCAUUGGUGACUCCAAAAUAUGUGAGUUUUAUAGAUCAGUCGGAUUUUAUUCGGGUGACGAGGACCGCCAUUAGUGACAACAAGACGUCGAAUCUUCUAAUGCAGACAAUUCUUCUGAUUGUGGACAAAUUGACAUCACUGGAACUGACCCCAAUGGACCAGGCCCUGUUCUGUGGCUUGUUGAUUAUGUCAGACACUAAUGGGUUAAGUGAGGAUAGUAUCAUCAAAAAUAUCCAAAACGACGUGCUCGAAGCGUUAAGGAUUUCAAUGAAAAGAAACCAUCCAAGAAAACCUGCAUCGUUACCAAAACUUCUAAUGCUUGUGACAGACUUGCGACAGCUUGUGGACGAUUUAUCCAGAAACAUGCAACUGCAUUUCUUCGACGAAACUCCAGACUUUUGCAACACAGACCCGCUUCUUCGAGAACUACUUGAUCUAUAAAAUUCGAUAUAAAUAUGACUGUUAAGCUUACCGGUGAUGUAUUGUGCUACUCAAUAUUAAUUAAAGUUGGAAAAUGUGUUAAUGACUUCAGAAGAAUCAUAACUAUUGGACUUUAAGAAAAGGCUAGGUGGUAAACUAUGGUACAUGCGUCGUCUGUAAACCUUCUGAAUUACUUAUUUAAUCAUGAUUGAAAAUUUGACAAAUAAUAUGCAUUCCUUUCAAUUCUUGAUCUAGCUCCUUUUCAUGCAAAUGAGGGGGUACUUUAUUAUAGCUACAACUUUCCAGCCUUUUCAAUAGCUUAGAUAUAAUAUUACUCCAAUUUGUUAUCAACUCUUUGACUUACAUUCUUUGUUGAGAUCCGUUAAUGAUGAUGAAUGCUGAGUGUUCUGCUGUUAAGCAGUGAACAGUUUUGAUAUGAUAACAUUAUAAAGAAGUUUUGUGCUCCAACGAAAGGAAUAUGUUGUUAUUGAAGGCUGACAACAUAUUGGUGCUUGCUACAGAAGGUACAUUUAGUAAUUCGUUGACUAUAGUUUUUUUUACAUAUACAUAAAAACAUUUAUAUAUACAUGUGAUACCAAUAUCCGGUGGUUCUUGAUGUUUCUUUGCUGUUAAUGUUCAUGCACAUGUUUGAACUUUUCCUUUUCAAAUAUGAUUUAUAUAUAUAUACAUACAUGUGCCAUAUAAAUUUUUUGUCCCUGCUAACUAUUCUAGUGAAAGGUUGUGACAUGUUGUACAACUGUUUGUUUAUUUCCUGCUUUGUGUUUUCUAAAUCGAUAAAUGCUAUUUUCAUCAUCAGUUUAGAAAUAUACAUUGCGUUUCUUUUGGGUAACAUAUACGUAUUUCGUAUUCUUAUUUUCUGACCCGGUGACAACAAUGCUCUGUUCUUAUUUUGUAUAAAAUGGAUUUAAUGAAUUGUUAUAUUUACAUUCUUAUCCGGUGGACUACAAAUUUUUAAAGCAUUAUUAUAUAAUAUGUUGUAUUUUUUGCAUUCCAAACUUAUUUAACCGGUGAUGUGCACAUACCGCUGGCACAUUUGUGACGACAUUGUUUGUCGUACUGUACAUUAUUUGUUUUGUCAUUUUAACUUUCAAUGAUUCAGGUAAAUACGAUUUAAAUAUACUUUAAAAUUUGAAUAACAUGCAUUUUUAUGAUAGUUUUCAACAGACACAAAACAUGUAUCAAAUAUCAAAAAUAUGUAUACAUUUUUUUUUAAAACGGUAUAAUGCAAUUUAACGUAUAUAUUAAACACUAAGGUCUUGAAAAUGUAAAGAAAUUGCUGGUGACUUUAAUCGAAAACCAAGCAGUUUUCAAACACGUUUCCUGUUUUGUUAACAUUAUGAACAUUCAAUAUUACUAAUGAAUGUAAAUAUAUAACUUGCUCAAUGAAAUGUACUAUUUACACCAUAGCUGUAACUUUUACAAUCUUUUAUUUGUGUUAAAUUGGGCAUCAUGUGAACCUUUGGUGAAAGCAAUAGUUAAAAUUCAUUGUGUAAUUCAACCAUAACAUGUAUAUGUGCUCCAUUCAAAGUAUUUCAUAACUGAGGUCAUGUAACGAUAAAUUUAGGAAAGGUUGUAUUUUAAUUUGAUUUGUUUUCUUAUCAAAUAUACAUUUCAAAACGUUUCAAAAUAUGCGAACUUUGUUGAUAUUUACCAGCUAAAUAUAAAACGAUGAAGUAUAAUGACAUAUAUCUGCAUUGUUCCCAAUUAACAUCAAUAAAGUAUGUGAAAGUU